AUGCCGGUUGACAUUUUAGAGUGUUGUUUGGAAUUUUUGGCGUCACAAAUUGAGCCAGUUAGAUACGAUUGCAUAUUAUCUACAGUUGUGUCGGAGUAUAAUUUGCCCGACCUUGAAAAAGCUGAAAAGGUGAAACUGUGGAAACAGCUCUCCGCAGAUCCUGAUUUGUUACUAUUUCACCCGGAAGAUGAGAAUCCUACGGCUGCAGAAUCGCAAAACGAACCUGCGGAGCCGAACCCGGACUCCAACUCUAGCCCUAGAACUGACAAGGAACCAACUGAAGAUCCGUCAUCGUCCGCUGAAAAUGACGAAGAGAAGGAACCUGAGCCGGAAUUGUCCGAAGAUGAAUACUUGGAAAAGGCGUACAAGACACGUCUGUUGUGUUCUAAUUCAUUGCGAUUGAAAAAAUUUAAUCUGACGAUUUACGACAGUGUGGUCAAGAGCAAGGAUCGGUUCCGUAUUCUCGUCGCAGUAGCUUCUCGCAGAUAUGAAGGAUACUGGCAGCAUGAUCUAGUAAGGGAUUUGGGCAUUUCGCCCCGUGAUAUUUUCAGUCACAUGUUGAACAUGACAAAGCUGUCACUAAUGUGCCGAGUUUCAGUACCACAAGAUUGUGUAUCUAAACAGCUGUUAAAAGACAAAAUUAAUGAGAUGCGAAUGCAACGCAGGAGCGGUGGCCCUAAAACCGGUGGGGAAGGGCUCCCAAGGAAUUCCGGCCACAUGGCUACUCUCUGGUUCUUCUCGAGAUAUUUUAUUCUAGAACGAUUACCGAAAUGGAUACAAGAGGUGUGUUUCAAUCGUCCAACAGAAGCGACGAGGGAACGUAUGAUGCGUAUUUUGGAAGAGAGCUCGAACCGCAUAAUACUGGAAUCUGAUUGGAAAAGUGCCUACUGUUCGAUAUUGCUAGAAAAUGCUCCAGGUGCUCACCUCAAUGUAGAUAGCCGUGCAAUGGCUACAAGCUUCGCCGCGUUCCGUCGUAGGCUUGAAAACAAGCAUAAGGUCAGCCGUGUAUUCGCAUGGUGUCCACAGACUAACCGCUAUGAGCGCUGUAUAAUACCAUAUUCAGGAGCCGCCGAGUUAUUAAAUCGUCCCGAAAACCCUUCAAAAAAUAUAAGCACGGUGCGUGUUGUAGAUCUGGAUUCACGUGGUCUUGCUGAUCUCUCUUCUACAGCUGGUGAUGAUGCUUCAUGCAAAACACCACGUGUGGUAUAUCAAUGCCCCUAUCAGAUGCGUGGACAUACGCUUCAAGAAUGUGUAUACUACCUUGUACGGUGUCAUCCAGGUGGAAUUGCUAUAAAUGACCUGAACAAUUACCUCCAUAUACCGUACAAGCUCUUAUCAAAGAUUAUGUCUGGGUUCGACUCUAGUCAUACAUUUUCUAAGCAGCCACAUCGUGAUGGAAAACUUCGUAUGCAUCUAUACUCCAUUCCAGCUGCCAGUGAAGAUUCACCGGUUCCCGUACCCACCACCGACGGGGCAAAUGCCACGGAUCCAACUGCUGCAGUACAGCCUUUGAGUUCCAGUAUCGGAGGCGUUACUGCAAGUUUAUAUUCGACAGAUAGCCAAUCGUCAUCAAUUAAGGAUCGUGCUCCGGGAGUUGGCGGACGGAGCAGUGGACCUUCUCAACCCACUGCUGUGGACGGCACCAAUGAUGCCGAGUACCUUCCAACACCAAGGGGCUCUUUAUCGGCUACUUCCCACUCUCCAGAUGAGUCUCUCAGUUUGCCUUAUAGCGAGUGGAUCAAGAAACAGCAGGCCAUUUAUUACAAGCCCAGCAUUUACGAGGAACGCUUCAAGUUGUUAUUUGGUUUUGACUUUUGUCUACCCAACGCGCUAAAUACACCGAUAUUCCGUAUGCGCAUGUUGCUGCUGAUUGAAUACAUUGAGAAUUUUCGAGCUGCGUCAUGCAAUACGAUUGCUGUUAUGUACGGCGAUAUGAACGCUAUAUCUGGCAAGAGGGUUGACCGCAAGACGGUCAUUAGGGUGGCUGAUUUUGUUAUGACAUGCCGUGAUAACAUUGGUCUAAUUAGAAGCCAGGAAUUAGAGGGGGUGAAAUUAGCGGUAACGGUGAUAUAUGACCGCCAUAAAAUGAGUGCCUUAGACGCCUACCAUCUGGUAAGCAUUGAGCUGAACCGUAAACGACAGAUAAUGUGCUCUCAUGUGGCCACCUUGAAAACGAGGAUAAACAAGUCGUUCAAGGGCCCUGGUGAUACUUCAGGGCUGAUGGAUGUGGCUUGCUCCCAGGACGAGGGUGAUUUUAUGGGACCUUUGAACAUGGAGUCCGCAACAUUGUUGAAGGGCAUAGCGGUAACCAAAAAGGAAACAUCAGAAACAGCACCUGAUACUCCAUUCCCUUUCAGCCAACGAGUGCUGUCUGAUAAUGGAUAUAUAUUCCCAAUGAUGACACGUGUGAGAUGUUUGCAUUAUUACUUGUUAGAUUUCUGUUCGCGUGACCGUCGUUACUCUGCUCUAGAUAUGCUCAAUAACAUGCCUAUGGAUAUUUAUCUUCAGGUCAUCGGUUGUGGUUAUAGGGUGCGAAGUAUUUGUGAUUUAUUAGAAGGUACUGUCUUGCCAGUUCACCUAGAAGAUCGGGUGUUGAAUGCGUUUUACCAACCCCGCGGUAGAAGGUCCCCGGUAAACCGAAUGCAUCGUAUGUUGAACAUACUGGCUGCAUUAGGCUUGGUAAAGUCCCACCGUACACCAUUAGACCCUGAUGAUGAUGGUGACGAUGCUUCGAUAAAAGAGUGUGUGAUAGAAUGGGAACUAACUACGUCCGUGACUCUGCAUAGUUUUAGUGAUCCUUCGUCAAUCGUUGGUCGUUAUGACUUACCCUCAGGUUCUAAUCGUUUCUGGCAGGCUUUGCAAACAGAAACUGAUGCAUAUCUUUCUAGGGGUCAUGCUAAGAUACCAGAUUUCAUGCCUGUACGAGAGAUAUUUUCAAAGAAAAACUGGAAGCGAUCGGUAUAUGUUGGUAAUUUUCGUAGGGGUCAACUUGAAAGCUGUCUUAGCAGCUGGCUCCAGCUGACAUCUUAUGGAGUGGAUUAUCGCAACAUUCUGAAGUUACUGUACAUGCCAUCCUACUUGGUUGAACUCAUUUCUCAACGGCAUAACGUAUCCUGCGAGCAUCUUUUCAACUACAUCAUCCACCGCGUGAAAUCGAAUAGUAAUACUUCACCCCGUCUUAUCGUGGGUCAUUCAGUGAUAUCAUACGUCAAGGGUCUGACCUGGGAUCGCGAGUUUUUGUGGUUAGCUAAGUAUGUAUUGGCUGAACGUCUAUGCAAUGCGAUAUUCUAUGAUCGUCUUGCUUCUUUGACCAUUACGACCCCGGAUGGUCCUAUUACUUGGGGAGCUCUUCGUACAAAACUGCUGGAUGCCGAUGAGAAGCGUGGUAAUCUCGUAAAACGUCGUAAGGUGGAUGAAGUUGAAGUACCUGCCACUGUAACGAUUUCUGAAAUACCCACACCAUACGGCGGCAUAGGUUCCCGCGUGAUAUCACUUACCGGUGACGAAGACGAGACUGAUGAUAUAUCGCGUGAUGACACACCGUCGAAUGUUGUAAGCCAGGAUACAGUAGUUCCACGUAGUACCUCUACGCGCCAUGAUUCUGCAGCGUCUGUGGGCAUGGGUAAGCGACAACGUUUGAUGUUACGCAUGGGUACAAAACGCCAUUCGUUUCGUAGAGAGCCCGAUUCUACAUCUUUGUCGCAAGCAUCGAAUGACGAUUCAGAUUCCUCGCAGUCUUUUGGUCAUAUAUGGAGUGUCCUUUCAUUAUUGUUCGACAGACAUUUCAGCCCUACGGCGUGUCAUUAUAUCUUCGACCACAUCUUGAACAAGUCAACCUUAAGUAUUCGGCAUAUACGUCGGUUACGUCAGAUGACAUCUGUGGAUAUAAUGCACAGUGCGAUGAAAUGCCACAUUCCAACUUAUCGCGUGUUGACAAACAAACACAUUGCAUUUGACCACAUGGAGUAUUGUAUGAAGAGUAUGUUAUUUACUCCGCUGGUUUGCAUGCGUCCUUGGUUUUUGGAUACAAUGUCUGAGUUCCUUCGAGGUCGUUUUGUCUUGCGUCAAUGGUCUGACAACGGUUGGGUGGUACGUACGAAGCAGACAUCUAACAUGUACACCUUGUUUAGGCUGAGUACCUAUGCAAAGGUGAAGUUGUUUGGAAAGUUCAGCGACUUGGAGUUUACGGCCAAUGUGUUGUUGUCCCACCUACGUAUAUCUGAUGGUGCGUUGGACUCUGUUUUAGAAAUAUCCGAUGACCCUCCUUCUUACGACGUAGAAGUGACGACGAAUAAUUCAUUGGAUGUAGAUGGCACCAGUAGGAAACGUGGUCUUCCGUCUGAUUUUUUAGCAACAAUGGACACUUCCGACAGUUUAGGUGCUUCUCUAUGCGUAGCCCCUGCGUCAUUUAUACGCACUUCUGAGGAACUGACUAUGCAUGAUGUAUAUGCCUUGAUGAACCAUUUUGUGAGUGGCCGUGUGUCUUUCAAACCAGUUUGGACGCAUGAAGAGCAGAUUUCAUUACGCCAUGUCAAGCGUGCUAAAACAUCACACGACCGUCUGAACGACGGUGGGAUAUCACGUCAUAUUGGUGAGUUGACACCGAACACGCCUUCGGUAUCUUAUGUAACUGUUGGUUUAUCUAUUCCCGAUGGAUUUUUGCCCAUGUCUCGUCCCUCUAGUGGAUCAAGCGAUAUAAAUAAUUGGUCGACUGACCAGAUAGUAACACGUGAACUUGUUUGUGGAAGUCGUUUUUCUGAUGCUUUGAACCCUGUCGGUUGCCCAUCAUCGUGCCUGGCCAAUAAGGUGGAUACGAACUACCCAUUAUCUAACGUGGAGUAUAUAUCUGACCGUGAACAUGGAUGGUGGUCUAAUCGUCAGUACGUUUCGGUGCCUGUUGAAUCAAGGCAUUUCAGCGUGUCGAACUUAUCGAAUAGCUCUGAAUCCAGUUCCGAAACUACUGCGGAUACUGACUUCAUUGCUGCAAUGGGUUUGCCGCCCUUGUCCUGCGUUCCAGACAGUGCCCAUCUUAGUUCCUUAGAAUCCACAUCUGGACGUGAAUAUUUGCGUAGAGUGUUUGUUCGUGCUAUAAGUUCGCUAUUUGGAGCGCUAUUGCCUGAAUUGGAAUCACGUCUAGAUGAGUUCGAGGACCUUUUAUACGAGUUGGUUUGUCUGGUUAGGUCUUCUGGCAGUGGCGGAAUAAAGGAGUCUUUUUUAUAUUCGAAGUUCUGUCAUAUAUAUAGUUCUGAAUCCAUGACGGUUUCUUUACCAUCGCCGUUCAUGUAUAUUGCGAUUUCUAAGGCUGUUUUCGAGGUAUUAAUAGUGAGUGCUGAUGUUUUGCGUUUGGUAAGUCGCAUAUCUUGCAAAGAGGACUUUUUAUGUGUUUAUUGGGAGAUAAGCGGCGUGAUUCAUGUUACACCAGAGCCCGUUAUCGGAGUUCGUUUGCAAAGUAAAUUCGCUAAAAGUUUGGCUGCCGGUACUAUUUCUACAGGAGUUCCAGAGUACAUUCCUGAGUUAUUUUGGUUCCUUUACGAGUAUCACAUGGAUCCAUCAUUGGCUAAUGAACCUUUAGAAGCUACUUUAGGUCGUUUAGCAUCUUUGUUUGAAGAGGAAGACGAUCGUAACCGUUUCAAGUUACACCGUCUGAAGUCUCCCCUUUGUGCGUUUGUGUCGCUUGAUGGUCACCUAAACCGUUGUGUAUUAGCAUUUCUUAUGUUGAGGAUAGCUUGGUUACUGAAGAGCGUCCCCGGACAGACUGUUGAAGAGGUGUGGGAGAAGCUUGUUCUUUUUGACCUCUGUGAGGUCCGAUUGGUGCUACGUGGUAUGGUAAAUUUGGGCAUCUGCCGGCAUACAUUACUCGCAACAUCUUUGCGUUGCGAUUCGGAUUGCAGUGGUCUUCUUGGAGAUUCGUCACCGCUAACGUAUUUCAUCGGUUCUUCUUCCAUAUUUACCCCGUUGAAUUUGAUCGGUAUAUUUCAGAUAAUGGCUCCGACUACGGCGUUAGCGCUGGGCGAUAAGUACAACAAGCCGGAAGGUGACUGGAUUGUAAUAGCUUCGGAAUCCGUAAUCCGGGCAUUUGUAUUACGUCAACAUCUCAACAUAAACAAUGUUUUGAUGAUACGUUCUGGUUUUCCUGAGGAUUUGGAUAAAUCCCAAUUCUCUGAGGUUGGAGAUUAUGUGAGAUCAACUGCCGACGGUAAGGCUCGAAUAGUCGCUGAGCGCAUAUUUCGUGCCACUACAUUUGAGGAGAAGCGUGACGUGCUAGAUGCUCUUUCCAACCCUUUUGGGACCAUUCCCGAAGAUUUCGAUAUUCGAAAAAUCCAACUGGUCAUCGGUGCUGAUACUGUUUGCCACUGUGGCGGCAAUAUUUUCGAGAAACCUGCUAACGAGACUGAGGCGCUUUACCAGUUGAAAUCAUAUCAGAAAUAUGACCCUGAGUGCGUUACUGGUGUUUCUGCGUAUUCUAGGGAAACCGGUUGUGAGAAGCCUGUUUUUUCGUUUUAUGAUCGUACCACUUUAAGGUUCCAGAAAUUGACUGACGAGGACCUUGAAGCAUAUGUUGCUAUUGGUGAAUAUGUUGGUACUGCCGGUUCUUGCAGGGUGACGGGUUAUGCGGAGUCUAUGGUUGAGAGGAUCGAAGGCUGCUACACCACCAUCAUUGGGAUGCCUGCACAGAAGCUAUCGUGGCACAUAUGCCAGAUGGUUACCGGUGGAUCAUUUUGA